CGCGCCGGCAGGGGCAGCAGCGGGAGCGGCGCGGGGCGGAGUGGUGCGAGCAGCCAGGAGCGGCCCGGAGCGGCCCGGCGUGGCGGCGGCGGCGACGCCAGAGCCAGUGGGCGCCGUUUGCGAGGCCGCCGCAGGGCGCCUGGCCGCAGCGCGGGGAUCCCUGGGGGCGGGAGGCCGCCGCGGCCGCCAUGCCGCUGCUCUUCCUCGAGCGCUUCCCUUGGCCCAGCCUCCGCACCUACACGGGCCUCAGCGGCCUGGCCCUGAUCGGCACCAUCGUCAGCGCCUACCGCGCCCUCAGCCAGCCCGAGGCCGGGCCCGGCGAACCGGAGCCGCUAACGGCCCAGUUGCAGCCCGACGCGCCCGCCCCACUGGCCGCCGGGAGCCCGCGGGCCCGCGACGUGGCCCAGUACCUGCUCUCGGACAGCCUGUUCGUGUGGGUGCUGGUAAAUACUGCUUGCUGCGUUUUGAUGUUGGUGGCUAAGCUUAUCCAAUGUAUUGUGUUUGGCCCUCUUCGAGUGAGUGAGAGACAGCACCUCAAAGACAAGUUUUGGAAUUUUAUUUUCUACAAGUUCAUUUUCAUUUUUGGUGUGCUGAAUGUUCAGACUGUGGAAGAGGUGGUCAUGUGGUGCCUCUGGUUUGCUGGACUUGUUUUUCUGCAUCUGAUGGUUCAGCUCUGCAAGGACCGAUUUGAAUAUCUUUCCUUUUCUCCCACCACACCAAUGAGCAGCCAUGGGAGAGUCCUGGCUCUGUUGAUUGCUAUGCUGCUUUCCUGCUGUGGAUUAGCGGUUGUCUGUUGUGUCACAGGCUACACCCAUGGCAUGCAUACCUUGGCUUUCAUGGCUGCAGAGUCUCUUCUUGUGACAGUGAGGACUGCUCAUGUAAUUUUACGAUAUGUAAUUCACCUCUGGGACCUCAACCAUGAAGGGACCUGGGAAGGAAAGGGAACUUACGUUUACUACACUGAUUUUGUCAUGGAGCUCACUCUCCUGUCACUGGACCUCAUGCACCACAUUCACAUGUUGUUAUUUGGCAAUAUCUGGUUAUCCAUGGCCAGUCUGGUCAUCUUUAUGCAGCUGCGUUACCUGUUCCAUGAGGUACAACGUCGAAUUCGCCGGCACAAGAACUAUCUGCGUGUGGUCGGGAACAUGGAAGCCAGGUUUGCGGUUGCAACUCCAGAGGAGCUGGCUGUCAAUAAUGAUGACUGUGCAAUCUGCUGGGACUCCAUGCAGGCUGCAAGGAAGCUGCCCUGCGGACAUCUUUUCCACAACUCCUGCCUUCGUUCCUGGCUAGAACAAGAUACCUCCUGUCCAACAUGCAGAAUGUCUCUUAAUAUUGCCGAUAAUAAUCGUGCCAGGGAAGACCAUCAAGGAGAGAAUUUGGAUGAGAAUUUAGUUCCUGUAGCAGCUGCUGAAGGCAGACCUCGCUUAAACCAGCAUAAUCACUUCUUCCACUUUGAUGGGUCCCGGAUUGCGAGCUGGCUGCCAAGUUUUUCAGUUGAAGUGAUGCACACUACCAACAUUCUUGGCAUUACACAGGCAAGCAACUCCCAGCUUAAUGCAAUGGCUCAUCAGAUUCAGGAGAUGUUCCCCCAGGUUCCAUACCACCUCGUGCUGCAGGACCUCCAGCUGACACGCUCAGUUGAAAUAACAACAGACAACAUCUUAGAAGGACGGAUUCAAGUACCUUUUCCCACUCAGCGAUCAGAUAGCAUUAGGCCUUCACUGAACAGCCCAUUGGAAAGGUCCAGUGCUGACCAGGAAGAGGGAGCAGUCUCUCCUCAGACUGAGCCUGUGCCACUGGACCUCAGCCCUCGCCUGGAAGAGACCUCGGACUUCAGUGAGAUGGAAGUGGAGUCCAAUGAGGUGGAAGACUUUGAGGCCCGAGGGAGCCGCUUCUCCAAGUCUGCUGAUGAGAGACAGAGAAUGUUAGUCCAACGUAAAGAUGACCUGCUACAGCAAGCACGGAAGCGAUUCUUGAACAAAAGUUCUGAAGAUGACACGGCCUCAGAGAGCCUCCCCGCUUCGGAAGGCUUGUCUUCUGACCCGGUGACCCUGCGCCGGAGGAUGCUGGCUGCUGCUGCUGAACGGAGACUUCAGAAGCAGCAGACCUCCUAGCACUUCCUCCCUUCCUCAGCCGCCUCCUCCUAAUCCCUGCGCCCAACUGGAAGAGGCCUGCCCCAGUUCCGCCUGCUGAGACGGGCUUGACUGCAAUGCCGCUGUAUAAAGCAUGUGGUCUUAAUAGUGUUUGGACAGCUGACAGAUUUAAUCCUUCUUUGUAAUACUUUCUAUGUGAUGUUUUCUCUGCCCCUUGGAAACACUGCACAUUUUAACUCCAGGCAUGAUCUCGUCUGGUGUUGACUGGACUUCUUGGGGAUGGGGGAUAAGCAGGAGGAGUGGGCAACCACCUGCCUGUGGCAGGCACCUUCAAUUUCUGCUUUGUGCAUUAAGUCACAACAGAUGCUGGCAUUCUUGGUGCCACGACUGGCAGGAAGCGGGUGCACUGGGGGAGGACACCUAAUAGCAGUGAGGUAGGUAGGGACACUGCAGGAGCCCAGCGCCACACCACAGGAGACCAAGGGAGUCCAUCUGUUGUCAACGGUUCUCCUUUGUGAGGAAGCAUUCAGAAUGAUCUAGAGGCCAGACUCACAGGCUCCUGGACCUCUGUGUCAGCAGAGCAUCUAUAAAGAACUGGUUUGCUACCUGGAGCAGAAGGGGAGGCAGGGCUGAGGAGUGAGGGGAGUCCCUUUUCUUUCUCAAGACGCUUUGCGACUGACCUGAGCCCCCAACCACAGCUGGCUUUACUGCUAUUCACUCUGGUGCUCUUGCAUCACACAAGCUUGUCCCUGGGUGUCCUUCCUCCUUUUUCUUCCCCAUUUCCUGCCCCCUUUGGACAUGGGAAGAGGUUAAAAGCAAGCUUUGCUUCUAGUUUUAAUUUCUUGGUCAAGUAAAUUAGGCAGUGGCAAAGCCUAUGGGUUUGGUCCUUGGAGAAGGUGUGGGUCUUGCCAGAUGGGGAGAGUAAGUUUUGGAGGGCAUUAUUGAAGAAGUAAGAUAACUUUUGUAUCUUUCUUCCCUGGAGCCCUUCCUUUUUAUCACUUUGUUUCUGUUGGUUAAUUAAACAUGGAAAGAUGUUGACUCUACAUGCAUUCGGGCAGACUAAGUCCCAAAUCUCAAAUUCUUCACACAUUUAACUUUAAGGAUUUGAAACAUGCAGUCAUAGGUUACAUAAUCACUUUUAGGUCCCAUUGGAUUUUUUUUUUUUUUUAUGUUUUAAAGCAUAGUUUUAUGGUAGUCCUUUUGGGAACAAUCCAGUAUUAUCUAAAAUUAUUG